CGAAUUUUCAUAAUAAUAACAAAACGUGUUCGAUGGCCUUCACUAAAACCGUGCCAAAAUUGGCGUAUAUAAUUGUGCUUGCUGUGUUUACGUUUACUUCUGUAUGCGUGUAAAUGUCUGUGUGUCAAAUUUUGUGUUUGUGUGCGUUCGGGCACGUGUAAACAAAAAUAAAAAAUCAUGAUGGAAACAGCAGCAGCUAGUCAUACAUCGCGUCUGGGCAACUGCGAGGUUUGCGCCAGCCAACCGGCUCGGUACGCCUGCCCCAAGUGCGAGGUGAAAACUUGCUGCCUCGCCUGCGUGCAGAUCCACAAGCGGGAGCUGCAAUGCGACGGCAAGCGGGAUCGCACCAAAUUCAUGCCCAUCAGCGAAAUGACCGAGCGUGAAUUCAUGAGCGACUAUUGUUUUCUCGAGGAAUGCACACGCUAUGCCGAGCAUCGCAAAAAGGAUCCAAGCAAACGUUACACGCAACAGCAGCGACAGCUGCCGCUGCCACUGCAUCGAUUGCGUGUGGCAGCCAAAGAGCGCGGCACGCGUCUGCAGUUCCUGCUAGCCAACUUCAGUCGCCACAAGGAGAACAGCACCUAUCUGAAUUGGAAGGAGCGUUGCAUAUACUGGCAAAUCGAAUGGCUGUUCGUGCACAUUGACAGCGAAACGCCGACACGCUUUGUGGAAAAGCGCUGCAAUGAACAGCAAACACUCGAGCAGUUGCUACACAAAUAUCUGGAUGUGCAGCAGGAGUUGGGCGGCAAGCAGCGCAAAGUGUUGCAACAUCAUCAGACAGCUGGCAUUGGCGAGCUCAGCCUUUGGCUGCGUGCUGAGGGCGUCAAACGGAGUGGCCAACGCUGCUAUCGACUCGCUGCCUAUCAAACACUCCGCUCCAAUCUGGCGGGCAAAACAAUUGUCGAGUAUCCAGCCAUAUACAUUAGCUACGAACAGCGUCCGCCUGCUGGCUUUGACCUGAUAGACAGUGAUGAAGAAGUGGAGGCAGCUGCUAGUGAGCCUCAGCCAACGCCAGCGAAACGUCCCAAGCCAGAAGCAGCCGCAAAGCCAACAAAGCAGCUGCCCGAGCUGCAGGACAUUUAUGAACUCGCAGCCAGCUUUGGCGUUGACAACUCCUCAGAGAGCAGCAGCGAUGCGGAGCUGCUUAGCGAUAAUGAAAAUGCAGACAAUUAAAUAAUAAGCAAAUAGUUUAAACAAUAGCAUAAGUUUUAGUUAAGUUUACAGAUGAUAACUUGCAAAAAUGUUGCAAAUUGGUGCACGAAAUAUGGACAGAAAUUUUGUAAACUAACCUAAAAGAAAUCUGAUCAAAGUGCCGAACCUUUUACAUGUUUUCAUUCAACAAAUAUGAACUGUGUAUAAAUAAAUAUUGUAAAUAUGAAGGAACGUUAAAUUCAAAAACUGUCAGUACAAAAUCAUGGUAUUAAAGCACGAGGAUUGCACUUCAGAUGCCGGGAGUUUGUAGUGGAACCAGUGCAAGAUGAACUGAGCUAAUUGCUCAAAAUAAGCUGCUGCUGUGCAGCCCUGUGUACAAAAUCUGAAUGUGUAACGGGUAACGUACUGUUCUUUUUUUUGCACAGUGUGUCGCCACAUCUAGUGGCAUCUCAUUCCCACACAUGCAUCUCGCUCUAAAUGGC